AUGGCUCAACAGCCACCUCAACUUAUCAGCACAGCAAACGGUGAUGCUCUUAACAUGGCUUCUCAAGCUGUCGCAUCGAUGGAUACGCAAGCCAGUGGAGUGUUGGCCAAGCCUAGCGACCUAACCACCAGCCACAUCUCUGGCGAUUCCAUUGACCCUUCAGUGAUGCCAACCAAUCAGAACGCGAAGCAGCUCCAGAGAGGUGGAAUUCAAGACGAAAUAGAAGUCAAGAUACCUCAAGAAGACGCGGAGCAAGACGCCAAAGUACAAGAAGAAGCUCAAAUCUUCGACUUAGUCGCGGAGGCUGGAGAGCAACGAGACGAUUCCUCAUCUGAUGACCUGUCAGACGUUGAGAUGAGCGACGAGUCUGAGUCUCGCAUGUCACUCAAAUCUGAGGAGGAAAUUGACCGCCUUGACAAAUACGCCUUCAGCUUCGCCGGUCAAGCCUACAACCAUCGUGUUCCCCAGAAUUUGACCGGGGGCAGAACCCUUUUUGCGAGCAAGCUAUUACAGAGCACCACAAUUUCGCAGUAUUUCGAAGGGGCUCGGGAGCAAGACGCACUCUACAAGAGCCCAAAACUUAUUCCACAUUCGCUAGAGAUGAAGACCGCUCCCAAAACCGUUGAGUGCAUUUGGGUCGGCAUGCUACCCAGCUCGCAAAACAGCCAUAAGCGUACGGCAUCAGCUUCAGUGGAGCCUCAGCUUCUGAACGAUCCCACCUCUCCUGGUACGCAGGAUGGCAUAACCGACGCCGCCCAGACACAAGUCGAUGGACCAGCCAAAGCUCGCAAUAAGACAAAAAAGAGGGCCACGAAAGUCCAACCACCCAUCGUUGACCUUGAGGAUGAGCAGUUGGAUGUCAUCUCCUUCGACCCAAACGCUCUCCGCGUCGUCGCCAAAAAGGUCGACAAGCCCGUGAAGGCCCGGUUCCUGUAUGCAUUGGCGAGACAAAACAGCAUUUCCAAGCUCUGCCAAGGCUGGAAGAUACCUUUUGAGGAGGUAUUUUUCUUCAAGACAUUCCGUGACGAUACAAUCACGGGUUUCAUGAAACGGAGGCAAGCGACAGACUCGAGGAUUAAAGCUGUGACCUUCCCAGCCAAUCCAAGUCCUUCUUUAGACACUCGCUCCGUCUCAGUCGAUCAGCUGUCUACCCAGUUGUCCUCCACUCCCACCCCACCAUGUAGUAGUCUCCCAGCACCCCCUUCUUCGAAGCGGAAGGGAAAAGGCAAGGCUAGUCGCGUUACCAGUGGUGGUAAUAUUGGACAAGCUGCUGGUGUCGGACAGGCGGACAAUGCUGAAGGCUCUCUGAAUCAGGAGGGUGGUCAAUUCUUGGGGCCAGUUGACAAAAUUGACGACUGCAAAGACUCUGUUCUGGACAACCAGCUCGCUGCUAAACCUGGAACCAGAGGUGUUGAAACAGCUCGCUUGGAGCCAGGUCCACCCGAGCUUGCCGGGAUCUUUUACGAAGAUGGUGACGACGACGCCUACCCCGAGCACGCUGUGUCUCCCACCAGUCGCCCUUUCAUGACCUUUAUCGACGAUAUGGUGCGCCAUCUUUCGGUGAUCGGGCCAGUUGAUAUGAAUCCAGGUGAAAAGAGAAAGAGGGUCGCCUUCGAGCCCAGCAGAGAACAGGCUGCCAACAGCCGUAGAAAGACGGGCGGUAGCCUCGGCAGCAACGAUUUCGUGCGAGGCCACGAGGUCAGAGCAGAGUCCGCUUCGUUCGUGGCUCAGCAAGACACUGAAUACCUUGUAAAGAAGCUGACGAGCCUGGUCGAUAAGUUGGCAGCAAAACAGGAUACCGCAGGUCUACGUCAGUGUGUUACAAUGAUGGAUUGCAUUGAGAAGCGAUGCAGGCCUGGUCCAAAGAGCGCUCUUGGUCCUUAUUUAAGCAUUUCCUCGCGCAAUGACCAGGACCCCGAAUUUUGUUGUGGAAAGCUGCGAGAAAUCUUGGACCUGUUUCCCAAUCUCGAGGACGUCGACAUAGACAACCAUGUCCUCGCUUGGAUGAUCAGUGGCCUCCGGGCUACCGGCCAGUCGGUAGACAUCAAUCUCAUUGAGCCCUGUGUCAUCUGCUUUAGCCGCCUCUACAAGCAGAAGUACGGAGAGACCGCCAAUCACCAAGUCAAUAUGAAGAAGGGCGUUCUCGUCGACAUGAUCUGUCAGGCACGGGAUGAUGCAGAAAAGAUGGUCAAGAGAAGUCCCUCCAAUUCGGAUCGAAAGGUCUGGGGCCCUCAUCUCUGGAUCGAUCCUCGCCAGGAUCUCGAGGCCGUCAAGAUCGACCAGCCUGAGCUCGUAUUGGAGGGUAGUAAGCUUUCGAAGAACACAAUCCCGUCUUCCGAGGCUCACUUCAUGGAAGGCUCCGUCCUGCGCUGA